CGCUGUGUUGGCCGUCAAAUGAAAAUAUAAAAAAAAUCAAAAUGGCAUCAAAAUUCUACGAGUUAAAUGAAAACUGAGAGUUAAACAUGGAAAAACCAAACUAAUUCGUUGGAAAUUUGUGUAAUCGGUGCAUAUUAAUAAGUUCAUUCGACGGUGUAGUGUUAGAUGCGUGAAAGCACAUUCGAACGACGAUUCGGCGACUCCGCAGCACCGUUCAACUUCUAACAUAAAAAAAACAAUGUCUCAAACAAUGUAACCACUCCGAUAAAACAGUGAAGAGAAGGAAUUUAUCUUGUUCGUGCAAUUGAGUUUAGUGUUUAAAAAUUUUUUGUGUAUUCCAUAGUUUUACGCAAUGUCUCGACGGUAAUGCAAAUCGUGAGCAAGGUGUUGUCCGAAUAUCUGAAAUGUUUAUAUCGUUCCAAGUGUAUGUUUCGUGAGAAAAGUUCUCUGAAAUUCUCUUGCUCCGCUUAUGAUUUUGUUCACCGUUUCGUCCGAACUAGAAUCGAAACUACGAUAACAAUAAAAACAAAACAACAACAAACCAAACUGCAGUGUGUGAUAAUGGGGAGUUGUUUGUAAAUAAUUUACAUAAUGUUCUCGGGACAGCAGAAUAACACCAACACCGAUGGCAAUAAAGACGAAUACGAUUUUACCAAAGUGUUCAAAGGUGUUUUCGUCAAUUCAUUGCGAAAGGUUUUGGAACAAGUUCAUCCAUCACUGUCAGCUAGAGAAGAUGCCCUGCACUAUGUCGAGAGUCUUUGUCUACGAUUGCUGGCAAUGUUGUGUGCAAAACCGUCACCGCACACAAUUCAAGACAUUGCCGAUCGUGUUGGAAAAACGUUUCCGAAUCCGAUCGAAAAUUGGGCGUUACAGGAUGCCCGUGAUACCAUUGAUAAAUCAAAGAAAAAGAAACCCGUUCUACCGGUAGAAAAGAUCCACAGUCUGUUGUGCAAGGAUGUUUUGCAAUACAAGAUUGACAUAGCCGUUGGCACAUUCAUCGUAGCUGUUAUUGAAUAUAUUUCGGCGGAUAUUCUGAAAUUGGCUGGAAAUUAUGUGAAAAACAUACGACACGUUGAGAUAUCACGCGAGGACAUUGAAAUUGCAAUGUGUGCCGAUAAGGUAUUGAUGGACAUGUUCUAUCAAGGCGAAACCGGUAAUUCGGUUACAGCAAGUCCGAUACCGCCGACGCCCCGUGAUUGCCUCAGUUACGAAGAAGUGGUCAAAGAGCUGAUUCACGAAGAGAAACAAUAUCAGCGCGAUCUGCACAUGAUCAUACGAGUAUUUCGUGAGGAGUUGGUGAAAAUUGUUAAGGAUCCAAAGGAAUUGGAUCCGAUUUUUUCCAAUAUUCUUGACAUCUACGAACUGACGGUUACGUUACUUGGCUCAUUAGAGGAUGUGAUUGAAAUGGCACAAGAGCAAACACUACCAUACAUCGGAAACUGCUUUGAAGAACUUGCUGAAGCAGAGGAAUUCGAUGUUUAUACGAGAUAUGCUAGAGAGAUUACGUCUACCCAUUCCAGGGAUGCUUUGCAAAAUCUUCUUGCUAGACAAGAUGCAUCAAAACUGACAACGGCUGGUCACGGAUUUCGUGAGGCUGUUAAAUUUUAUCUACCAAAACUAUUGUUGGGACCGAUAUGGCAUGCAUUUUUAUAUUUAGAAUAUGUUAAGGUAUUACUGUUGUUAAGUCCAAACAAGGAGGACAAAGAGAGCUUUGAACAAGUGCAGGGAUUACUGAAACCAAUGCAAAAUGAAUUGCAUAACAUUGUUGCUUUUCUACCCAAGGAAUCAAUGGUACAAGUAUUAAGUCGAACACGACGCCAAUUGGCCAUUGACAAAGUGAAAGAAAUUCAAAACACAGUGGAAAAUUGGGAAAAGGAUUUGGCCGGUACGAAUUGCAAUGAAUUCAUCCGUGUGGACACAUUACAAUUGGUGUCGGGCAAACGGAUAACGGAACGGAAAUUGUAUUUGUUCGACGGUUUGCUGGUGCUGUGCAAACCGGCCAACACCAGACGACCUGUUACAGUCGGUACAACCAAUUACGAUUUUCGUUUGAAGGAGAAGUUUCCGAUGCGACGGGUCGAAGUCAUCGAUCGACCGGACACCGACGAACUUAAACAUUCGUUCGAAAUAUCGCCGAGGGGAAACAAUCAGAAUGCCAUUUUGAUAGCGAAGACGGCACAACAGAAAAACGAUUGGAUGGCCGAUUUGAUUAUGGUUACCACAAAGUCAAUGUUGGACCGUAUUUUAGACAGUAUUUUAUUGGACAUUGAGAAGAAACAUCCGUUGCGACUGCCCAGUUCUGACAUAUACAAAUUUGCUGUGCCAGAUAGUCCGAAUAACAUCGUUCUGGAGGAACGGGAAAGUGCUGGUGUUCCAUUGAUUAAGGGAGCGACAUUAUGCAAACUAAUUGAACGUCUGACCUAUCACAUAUAUGCCGAUCCAAUGUUUGUACGCACAUUUCUCACCACAUAUCGUUCAUUCUGUUCGCCUCAAGAAUUGCUUCAGUUGCUUAUUGAACGUUUCGACAUACCCGAUCCUAGUUUAGUGUACGAACAAGUUGGUGACAAAGAUAUCGAGACUGAUAAGAUCCAUAAGAAUUUACAACGCGAAGACUGGAAACGAUACAAAAAGGAGUAUGUUCAACCGGUACAGUUUCGUGUGCUGAAUGUGCUGCGACACUGGGUGGAUCAUCAUUUUUAUGACUUUGAACAUCAUCCUGCACUACUUGAGAAACUUUUAGAAUUCCUGGAGACUGUUAGCGGUAAAUCGAUGAGAAAAUGGGUGGAUUCGGUAUUGAAAAUUGUACAAAGAAAGAAAGAACAAGAGGAUAAUCACAAACAAAUAACCUUUGCCUUCGGGCAUUCGCCGCCGGCAAUCGAAACACAUCUUCAGGUGCCGGAAGAUGAAACCAACUUACUGACACUGCAUCCAUUGGAGCUGGCGCGUCAGUUAACCGUUCUGGAAUUCGAACUGUACAAAACGGUGAAGCCAUCCGAAUUAGUUGGAUCGGUGUGGACGAAGAAGGACAAGGAAACGUCGAGUCCGAAUCUGUUGAAAAUCAUGAAGCACACCACGAAUUUCACGCGAUGGUUGGAAAAGUCCAUACUGGACGCGGAAAAUUUCGAAGAACGUGUGGCGAUGAUGUCACGUGCCAUUGAAGUGAUGAUGGCUCUGUUGGAAUUGAACAAUUUCAACGGAGUUUUGUCGGUCGUAGCGGCUAUUGCUGGGGCCGCUGUGUUUCGAUUGAAAUCUACGUUGCAACAGAUGACGGAUCGACACACAAAAGGUUUGAAUGAAUGCCGUGCAUUGACUGACGAUCAUUAUCGCCGUUACCAAGAGAAACUGCGCUCCAUAAAUCCGCCCUGUGUGCCAUUUUUCGGGAUGUAUUUGACGAACAUUAUGCACAUUGAAGAUGGCAAUUCGGAUUAUCUGGUUGGAACAGACCUAAUCAAUUUUUCCAAGCGUCGAAAAGUGGCUGAGAUAACGGGUGAGAUACAACAGUAUCAGAAUCAGCCGUACUGCUUAAAAGUGGAUCCGAAAAUACGGCAUUUCUUGGAGAAUCUUGAUCCGUACCAGGGCAAGACAGACACUGAGAUAUCAAACAUUGUCUGGGAAGAAAGCCUGCGAAUCGAGCCAAAGGAUGUGAAGCCUCCGCCAAAAUUCCCCCGUAAAUGGCCACAUUUGAAACUAAAAUCGCCAGGCAUUACGCCUAAACGUCAAUAUCAGCAUAAUGUCAAUUUGAUGUCUGGGCCGUUUAGUACGAAGCUUCCCGUUAGUUCUGGAGGCGAUGGCAGCGAUUCACCACCCGGCAACAUUCCAUCGCAUUUGAACGAUUUCACCAUAUUUGCGCCGGUACAAAUACAAGGCUCAUCACAAUCUCAAAUAAAUGCGACUUCAGCGCCACUCAACGAUACGUCAGACAAUUCGAUUCCUCCGAUGGCACCGGAAAUACCGAAGCGAACGAAUAAUCCAGCAGACAGUAAGCCAGUUUUAAGUCCGCGACAACCACCGGUCAUUAGUCCGAAAAGUUUCGAAUCGUUUAAAGAGGAGCGUAGCGGUAAUGGUCAAAAUGUUCCGCCAACUAUCAGUCCCCGAACUGACAAAAUACAAAACCAUUUACCCAAUACGACUGAUUCAACAAGUGCAAUUGAUCCAUCACAAUAUCGAAUUAGAAGCAGCAAUUCUACAGGCUUAAGCCAUACCGACCACAAAGCGGCGACAGUAUUCUCACCGAGUAAUCAAUCGAAAUCAAAUGACAUCUACGGCAAUAGUAGCUCAGAUGCGUAUUUGAGUGGUCCUCCAAUUUCGCCACAUGUCAAUGUACCAAACAUUCAAAUGUUGAAUCAUAUGCAUGUGGCACCACCGCCAUUACCUCCUAGACGUAAAGAACGUAGAGAAUUUGAAGCACUUUUCAUUGCUCAAAGUCGACAACCACCCGAUGCACCUAAGUUACUUCCACGUGAUCUCAGUCCUCCUCCAUUACCACCGCGGCUGUCCGUCAAGCACGAAUAUCCCGAAGAGUUCAACAAUGGCGAAUUGAAGGAAAACGGUUUGCAGGAGGUCGCCCACAGCGCUCUAAUUAAACGUAGAAGUUCUGCAAUGGAGCGUUUAUCAAAAGAUGGAACUAGUCCGAAUCCACAAACGCCCGACGGACUAAUCAAUUCGUAUUUUCCACCAGCACCGCCAGUUACUAGGCGAACAAGUACUAGUACGUCACCAAGGUAUUCUCCAUCGGAAAAUACACCGAAACUGCCGCCUAAACCUCGAAACAAUUUUUUACCGCACAACAAUGCCGAUCGAACUACAAUGUUUCCAUUUUCGAACACAAACCACGAAUGAAAGAGUUUAUUCCACGUCCAACCAAAAUCCGAAAGAUUCGUAUACUUCAGUCAUAAAGAAAUGCGCAGCAUUAAUAUCAACAAGUCAGUCCAGCUGGUGACAAAAAAAACAA